AUGUCAAGGCGUCGCAUUUGUGAAAAUUUUACUGCAUCCUACCCUCAUCAAAAUUGCGGUGAUGGUAAUGGUCAUCAAGACGGCAAACAUUGCGUAGUAAUUGAGACUUGUACGCUCACAAAAACUGAAUGCGAGAAACCAUGUUGUUCAGCUCCCGGUGCUCCAGGAUGGUCCAACGAGGCUAUUGCGAACGAACAGUAUUUUGAUCACCCUGCGGGUACCCCCCAAGAGUGUUGUAACGCAUGUAUUGCUGAUACGGCAUGCCUUGCGUGGUGGUGGUGGGGGGGUUGUAUACAUGCCAAUAUUACAGCUGCCUGGAAAUGUGGUUUCCCUUUAGAUCAAUCUGGAACCGAUGCUGGAGUUAUUAGGUGCUCUGGUGGUCCUCAUUGUACGACAUAA